UGUCCAUGUUUUCCCAUUUCAAAAUGCCGAUUGCAAAGGACCUCCAAGAACUCAUACCUGGACCCUGGAACUAGCAAAACAAGCUAUUAUGGAAAAAAAGACCAUUUUUGGAAUAAAAGGACCUGCUUGGUUUUCUUCUUUGCGUCAUUAUGACAUGAUUCGUGGCAUGGGCAUUGAUUACAUGCAUGGUGUUUUGCUUGGCAUCAUGAAAAUGCUGCUGUCACUUUGGUUUGAUCCUGUGCACAAUAACGAAGAUUUCAGUAUUUCAUCAAAACUAGAUGAGGUUGAUGAACGCCUUUUAUCAAUAAAACCGCCUGCCAGCAUUACUCGAUGCCCGAGAUCCUUAUCCGAUAGGAAACACUGGAAAGCAUCCGAACUGAGAUCGUUCCUGCUAUUCUACAGCGUCCCUUGUCUACUAAACAUCCUUCCAAAGUUGUAUUUAGAACAUUUUGUAUUACUUAGCGAAGCAAUAUACAUUUUACUCCAAGAAAGUAUUUCUCAAGGGGAGAUAAGUCACGCAGAAAAUCUCCUAAUUCACUUUUGUCUAAUGAUGGAAAGUCUGUACGGAAGGCGGCGCCUUACAGCGAACUGCCACUACCUACUGCAUCUGGCUGACGAUGUCAGAGAUCUUGGUCCAUUAUGGACACAUUCUUGUUUUCAUUUUGAAGACAAAAAUGGGUUCCUUCUUAAAUUGCUGCACGGAACUCAAAAAACCGAGUUUCAAGUAGUUACUGCCAUAUCUCUCAUUCAAAGAAUUCCUGAAAUGGCAAGCUGUUUAAAUCCUGGUAGCAUAGCCGAAAAGUUUUAUCUGACUCUUCAAAACAUUUCCAGUCCUACCAGAGAAAUUGUGAUUGAGCCAAAUAUUUACGUUUUGGGAGCCGUGCAAAAAUAUACUCUCAAUGAAAAGGAAUACGCUGCUCUCACAGACGCCUUACAGGGUUCACUUCCCGUUGGUAAUGAAGUUGUACGAUCCCUAAGAAUCAGGAUUGGCCGAGAGGUUUAUCACUCUGAAUCAUACACUCGUGUGAUAAGGAGAAAUAACUGCUUUAUCCAGUACUUAGACAAAACAGGACAAGUGUCCUUUGCGCAAAUCAAAUUUUUUUUCCAGCAUACCUCGGAUCAAUUUGAUGUUUCAGGAAAUGAAAUCAUUCUCAAUUUUGCCAUGACCUACAAAUUAGAAAGACUUUCAGAAAUGCUAGUUCAUGACGAAAUUACUAAAUCCACCGCUAGACAGUUUAUCCCUAUCAAUUUGUCCGCAGAUGAGAAAUUGUUUUGCAUUCCAAUCUCAAAAAUACUGAAUAAGUGUAUACCUAUUGUAUUCAAAGAGAGCAAGGACAAAGGUUACAUAGUGCCAUUUCCGAACAAUUGCGAGAAAGACUAAAUAGUAUGUUUGUGUCAGCUAGUGUAAUACAAAGCUAUACAAUUUUAUUUGAAGAAAGAUCUGCUAUUAUAAUUAUAAUUUAUAGCCACUUAGUUUUAGAUUAAUCAUUGCUUUUACUAAUCUGUCCCCUCUACUAAUAAUGGUAUUAAUAGAAUAUAAUGGACAUAUAAAAAUGUAAAUGAA